AUGAGAGUGAAAAAUGUAAUUCGUGAAGAAAUUGGAGUUGCCAAGUAUUGCAUAAUUGUCGAUGAAUCUCGAGAUGAAUCAAAAAGAGAGCAAAUGUCUAUAGUAUUGAGAUUUGUUGAUACUAAUGGAUUCAUUCAAGAACGUUUUUUUGAGCUUGUUCAUGUAUGUGAUACUGCGGCUUUGACUUUAAAGAAUACCAUAUAUUCUACUUUGGCUCACUAUAAUUUGGAUGUUCAAAAUAUUAGAGGUCAAGGUUAUGAUGGUGCUAGUAAUAUGAGGGUUGCAGCAUCAAAAAAUGUGACACAUAUUCAUCAAUUUUUUGAUAGAUUGACUUUUAUAGUUAAUAUUGUUGCUUCUUCAUGUAAGCGUAAUGAUGAAUUAAAGAAUGCUGAUGCGGAUGACAUUGCACAUUUGAUUACAAUAAAUGAACUCAAGACAGGGCGUGGACUUAAUCAAAUAGGUAUUUUACAACGAGCUGUUGAUACACGCUGGAGUUCUCAUUUGAGAUCAUUGAAAGUCCUAAUUAAGAUGUUUAGUGCAUCGUGUAUGGUAUUGUUCAAGGUUAUGGAUGAUGGGCUUCCUUCUCAACGAGCAGAUGCAACAUCUGUUUAUGAUGAAAUGACUUCUUUUGAUUUUGUAUUCAUCUUGCAUCUUAUGAAUGAGAUUAUGGGGAUCACAGAUAUUCUUUGUCAGGCUUUACAAAGUAAGUCUCGGGAUAUUAUAAAUGCAAUGGAGCUGAUAUUAUCUACUAAGAAUUUACUUCAACAUAUGCGGGAUAAUAAAUGGAAUGAUUUGCUUGCAAAAGUGAAAUCUUUUUGUGAACUUCUAAAUAUUGAUAUUCUUGAUUUCAAUGCUUCGUAUAUUGAUAGACGAGGACGAGCCCUCGUUCGUCAAGACAAUUUCACCAUUGAGCAUCAUUAUCAGGUAGACCUCUUUUAUGCUUCUAUAGAUUCACAGUUGCAAGAAAUUAAUGUGCGAUUUAGUGAUGAUGCUAUGGAAUUGCUCAUUCUUAGUAAUGCCUUAAAUCCUCAAAAUGCGAUGGAGUCUUUCAAAAUUGAGGAUAUUUGA